AUGGAAUCAAUUUCGAUAUUGGAAGUAUGUUUGGUGAAGGGACAACCUCGAUACAAUAUAGAACAGCUGCUAUCAAUACCUGGGACUGUAGGGAAGGAUACAAUGUUUUGUGUUUGUGUUCUCUUCAGUCCAGACGUACCAGAUGAGUUUUUCUGUAGAAAACGUGGGUCUCCCUAUUGGAGUGCUGACCUGAUGAUUUAAACACAGUUUGUAGCCCUCCAGUUGCUCUGGUUUCUGUAAGCAGGCAGUUGGGCGGCUUUUGACCGUGUUAAGAGAGUUUCACCGCCCUGAGCUGAGGAAUGUUAAACAUGACUGUGGCCAACGCAAAGUCUGGCACAGCCAUGCAGCAAGUACUUGACAACCUGAAGGACUUGCCACCAGGCACAGGAGCAAAAGAUAUUGACCUCAUCUUCCUCAGAGGCAUCAUGGAGAGCCCUAUCGUCCGCUCCCUCGCCAAGGCCCAUGAGCGUCUUGAAGAAGUGAAGUUGCAGGCUGUGCGGGAUGACAACAUUCAGCUAGUCACAGAAAUCCUGGAUUCCCUCAAUGACCUGCCUCAAAAGGAUGCUGCCUCUGCAGAGCUUGCCAAAAUCCUCCAGGAGCCUCACUUUAAGUCUUUGAUAGAAGCUCAUGACAAAGUGGCAGCAAAGUGCUUUGAAAUGCCCCACACUGCGGUCAACAGUGAUGCCAUGUUGAAGAGUUCUCUCAUGCCAGCUGAUGCUGUCAGGAUGAUUGGCAUCCAGAAGAAAGCUGGGGAACCUCUGGGGGUGACGUUCCGUGUGGAGCAGGGAGAGAUGGUGAUUGCACGGAUCCUGCACGGCAGCUCAAUUGACAGGCAGGGCAUGCUGCACACAGGGGACAUAAUCCGCGAGGUGAAUGGUCGGGAGGUCGGUAGCAACCCCAAUGAACUCCAGGAACUGCUGAGGGACUGCAGCGGGAGCGUCACACUCAAGGUCCUGCCAAGCUAUAGGGACACACCGGCACCUCCACGGAUUUAUCUGAAGCCGCACUUCAACUAUAAUCCAGCCACAGACAACUUGAUCCCCUGUAAAGACGCAGGCCUGGCCUUUUCCAAGGGAGAAAUCCUUCAUGUGGUCAACAAGGAGGACCCCAACUGGUGGCAGGCAUGCAAAGUUGUUGGUGGAGCCACAGGUCUCAUCCCCAGCCAGUUCUUGGAGGAGAAGAGGAAAGCUUUUGUUAGAAGAGACUUGGAUACUUCUGAUACAGGGAUGCUCUGUGGAACUCGAACUGCGAAGAAAAAGAAGAAAAAAAUGAUGUACCUCACUUCCAAGAAUGCAGAAUUUGACCGUUAUGAGCUGCAGAUCUAUGAGGAGGUAGCUAAGAUGCCGCCUUUUCAGAGGAAAACGCUGAUUCUGAUUGGAGCUCAGGGAGUUGGGAGGCGAAGCCUGAAGAACAGACUCAUUGUCUUGAUCCCUCUGCGAUACGGAACCACUGUACCCUUCACGUCACGCCCUCCAAGGGAAGAGGAGAGAGACGGACAGAACUACUGCUUUGUGAAGCGGGAAGUGAUGGAGAAUGACAUCAAGGAGAGCCGCUACCUGGAGCACGGUGAGUACGACGGCAACCUUUAUGGCACCAAGAUCGACUCCAUCCAUGAAGUAGUGGAAUCAGGCCGGACCUGCAUCCUGGACGUCAAUCCUCAGGCCCUGAAAUUGUUGAAGACUGCUGAGUUUAUGCCAUUUGUGGUGUUCAUUGCUGCUCCUGAGCUGGACACACUAAGAGCUAUGCACAAAGCUGUGAUUGAUGCUGGACUUAGUACCAAACUACUCACAGAGAACGAUUUAAAGAAGACGGUGGAUGAGAGUGCCAGGAUCCGCCGUGCGUACAGCCACUACUUUGACCUCACUAUUGUCAAUGACAAUCUAGACAAGGCCUUUGACACACUGCAGGAGGAGGUGGAGCGAUUAUUUGUAGAGCCACAGUGGGUUCCAGUCAGCUGGGUCUACUGAGCUUCACCCUCAACUGGACAUGCACAGCUGUCUGGAAUGUCAGGGUGGAUUCAACACACGGACAAAGUGUUGGACAUCAGCCGUGUGUGAAUUUGAGUCAAAGCUGUAUCAAAGCUAAGUCACCUUGAUCUGAAUAGCCAGAUUCUUUUUUAAAGCACACUAUGCAACACACAACAUACAGGAAGUGUACUUAUUUAUUGGCAAGAUAUUUUUAUAGGGUACGUUCUGUUCAUGUGGAUUUAAAGAUAAAUACUGGCCCCUAUGUCGGUUUAUUUUAAAGAAAAUUCAUUUUUUUGUCAUGUCCAGGUUUUUUUUUUCAAUCUGUAUGUAAGAUGGGUAAAGUAUAUUUAUUCUGCAAAUAUGAGGAGGGCUUGCUCAUUGAAAAGAACAAUACCUCAGUGUUACCGUUUACAGUACAUAUGCCUCCAGUAAUUCAUCUCAUGUUGUCAUUAAUAUACAAGUUGUCUUUUCAAACUUCUCUCAUUCAAGUACAAUAGUGUGAUAAUAAUAUUGUCUCCUUUUUAUCCUCAGGGCUUAAGUAAUGCUUUGAGUCUUUGCAGUUCAACCUCAUUAAUGGGAAAUGGCCAGUUACAGUUUGACGAUAUACAGAAGAAGUAGUAGUGUAGUGUUAACCCAAAGUAUGUCUCUCUUUCUCUCACUCAAGCACAACACAUAACUUUCUUUUUGUUGUUUGUCAGAUUUUAGAAUCAUGUGAGUGUCUCUGACUGCUCAACCCAUCGUGGUGCUGCGUUUGUGUUUGUUUGGAAAAAAGAAAAACUUUCCACAGGACUCGUUAACAGGGUACUGCAUCUCAGAACCAUCCCUUCUUGAUGUGACGUAACUAAAACUGAACCGUUUUAAAGAGUUCAAUUCAUAUUAACUUAAUGAAGAUGUAUUUUAAGAGACGUCGGUUAAGAUGUAUUUUCAAAUGUCAAAUAAAUAACUGGUGUUUUGUAA